AUGUAUAAAUAAAAUCCCAAUGAAAAGGAACCUUAUUCAUUGUUUUCACCUUCUAUCAAUCUAAAUAAAUAGACAGAUAACACAUAAUCAGGUCUUUUUAAUAGAGAUUAAUAAUCUGUAUAAUAAAUGAGAGAAUAAAUAAGACAACUAAAAAUGCAACUCAGUAAAACAAACCUUGAGAAGGAAACUGCUAUUCAAGAGAAUAACAAACAAAUAAGAGAAUUAGAAAGAGUCUAAAUCUAUGUCACUUAAUUAGAAGCACGUAUUAAAAUGCUUGAAGAGUCGUUAAUAGCUUAAUAAACAGAAGCAGAAAGGAAACUAACUUUGUAAAAGUAUGUUUUUUCAAAUAUAUUAAUAGAUAGCAUUUUGAGUAUUUAAAGUAAUCAACUAUUGAAAGAUAAUAAACAGGAAUGUAGAGAGAUUUCAAUUUAGAGAAAAAUGAUUUAGAGAUACAAAUAAAAUUACUAAAAUAAAGGAUUGUAGAAUUAGAAGAGUAAUUAUAGAAAGUUACCUCUAUUGAUCAUAUGUCUGGUUAUGAGGAUUUAUAGAGGUAGAUAGAUUCACUUACUUUAUAAUUGUAAUAAUAAUUAACUUUAUGAUUAUUAGAAUGAGUUAAAAAGGAUAGGAGAGAUAAUUUUUUGAAAAAAUGUAGGAUCUUUAAAAAUAAUUAUAAAUUAGUACUUCAAAAUAUGAUUAAUUAGUUCAUUCGUCUAAAUAAGAAAUUGAAGAAUAUGUAUAUACAAAUAAUUAUAAAUAGAUUGAGAAGAUUACUCUUAUAUCUAAUUAAUUAAAGGAAAAUUAAGAAUAUACAGAAUAAUUGGAAGAAGAAAAGAUGACAUAAUAAUUACAAUUAUCACAUCAGUAAUUCUUUAUUUUUAAUAUUUAUUAAGAGUAUUUCUGGCUUAUAAUGAAAUAGAAAGAUUGAAUAUUAAGAUUUUGAAGAUUAAUAAGAAAAUGAAAUUUAUUGAAGAAUCUCAUGUAUAAUAAUUAGAAGAUCGUUAACAUUAAUUUGAAAAUUAAGUAUUAAUAUGAAAUGUAUUCUUAGUUUAAUUUAAGAUAAUAAAAUUUAUAAAAAGGAUCAAAUGAAUUAAAAUUAUCAUAUGAAUUAAAAUUAUAGAAUUUAUAAUUGUAAUUAUAAGAAAGAGAAGAAAUGAUAGAAUAAUUAAAAUUAGAAUUGAAAUAGAAAUAAUAGAGAAUAGAUGAAUUAACUAAAUAACUUGAUUUAGAAAGAUAAAAAAUUAAAUAAUAAUUUGAAUCAUUCACAAUAUAAAUUAGAGAUCAUAAAAAUACAUCUGAAAAAGCUUAUACUGAAUUAUAAACUAAUUCUAGAGAUCAAAUUAUAAAAUUAUAAUAAUAAAAAUAAGAAUUAGAGUCUAUAUUGAAUAGAAUUAAAAGUGAAUUGGAAAAUCAAAAAAACUAAAAUUCUUAAUUGCAAAAUUAAUUAAAUUAAUUAUAAUUAGAAUAUGAAUAGAUGAGAUAAUAGUAUGAAUAAUAAAUAACUAAUUUAAAUUUAGAGAUUAAUCGUCUUAAAACAUAAAUGUAAUAAAUAUCAGGGUAUUUUUAUUAUAUUAAAUUAGUAAAUCUUAGUAAAGUCUUGAUGAAUUGUAAUAUUAAUUAGAAGCAUCAAAAUAAUAAUAUUCUUAAUUAUUAGAACAAUAAUAAUAAUUAUAAAAUAGUGUAUCUAAGAAAAAUGAAUUAUAUGAAAAUGAAAUUAAAUAAUUAAAAUAAAAAUUAACAUAAGGAGCAAAUGAUAUUAAUAAUCUUAAAAAUGAAUUAGAUAAAGAAAAGGAAGAAUAUAAUUUAAUCACAUAAGAUUAUCAAUAAUAAUUUUAAUUAUUGGAAAAGAGACUAAAAGACAAAGAAAAUGAAUUAUUACAAUUAAAAAGAACAUUAUAAUAAACAACUGAAAGUUAUAGUGAAUAAAUUACACAAUUAGAAUUAUAGAUUAAUCAAUUACAAUAAUAACUUUAAUAAUAAUAGUCUUAAUUUACAACACAAUUAAAAAAUUCAGAAAAGGAAAAAGAAAAACUUAAAUAAACAAUAAAAGAAAGAGAAAAUGAAAUAUCUUAAUUAAAAUAAACUAUUAAGACUAUGGAAGAAAAUUCAAAUACUUCAAUUUCAUAAUUAGAUAUUUAACUUAGCAAAUUAUAAUAAUUAUAUUAGAGUUUAUAAUAAGAAUCAUAAUAACAAAAAAAUUAAUUUUAAAAAUAAAUUUAAUAGAUGACUUAAACAAUAAAUGAAUUAAAAGAAAGAAUUUCAGAAAUGCAAUUAGAGUAUGAACAAAAUGAAAAUAAUUUAAAUGAAAAUAUGUUAAAAUUAUAAAAUACUAAUAAAGAUUUACAAAGGUAAAUUCAACUCUUUUAGAAAUAGAUUUAAGAAUAUGAAAUUAGAAUUAAAUUUGAAGAAAAUAAAGGAUCUGAUUUAAAUUAAUAAUUAGAAUCACUUUAAGAAGAAUUAGAAUAAUUAAAGUUAGAAAUUAAAAAUUAAGAAAGAGAUAAAGAAAAAUUAAAAUCAUAAUUAAAGGAUUUAUAAUUAUAAUAUGAAUAAUUACUUAAAUUAAAAUAAGAUUUAGAAUAGAAAUUAUCAAUAGUAACAUAAUAACAUGAUGAUUUAACUAAUGAAUAUAAUGAAUUUUAUAUGAAUUCAUAAUAAUAAUAAGAAUAAUUAUAAGGAAAUAUUCAAGAAAAAGAUAAAUAAAUAAAAAAUGCUAAUUAAUAAAUUAAUUAAUUAAAAUAAAGAAUUUCUGAUUUAGAGAGAUAAGUAAUUUAAAUGACUCAUGAAAUUGAAGAAAGAGAUACUAAAUAUAGUGAAUUAGAAUAAAAUACUAAUAUGAAAUUAUAAAAAUUAAAUAAUGCAAUAGAUUAAUCAAAAAAAUAAAAUUAAGAAGAUGAAAAAUUAUGGAAAAUGAAACUUACUUAAUUAUCUGAUUAACAUGAAGAAAGAGAAAGAGAAUUAUAAUAAGAAAAAGAAGAUUUAUAAUAAAAAUUAGAAUUUCAACUUAAUUAAUUGAAAAAAUCAAAAUAAGAAACAGAAUAAAGAUUAUCUUAAUUAUAAAUUAAACAUGAUUAAUUAGAGAAUAGUUAUGAAGAUAUUUAAAGAGAAUAUAAUGAUCUUUAAGAUAAAUAUGUUAUAAUAUAAUAACAAAUUUAAAGUUUAACAAUAGAAAUAUAAUUAUUAUAAAAAUUUAAAUUAGAUACUAAUGAUAAUGAAUUAAAAUUUUAAGCAUUAAGAGAUAGUUUAGAAUCAUAAUUAAAAUUAUUACAAACUAAAUAUGAUUCUUUAUUAUCAUCUGAAUAACAUUUAUUAGAAGAGAAUAGAAAAUUAGAAGAAUAAAAUAAUAUUAGAAUUGGAUAAUUGGAAGAAUUUAGAUUGAAAUUUGAAACAUAAACUGUAUCUUUAGUAGAUUAUUAAACUAUGAAAUAGGAGAGAGAUGAAUUAACAGCUAAAAACUUUUCAUUAAGUUAAUAAGGUCUUAAAGAUAAAGCUGAAGUGUAAAAGAUGAAAAGGGAAAUUGAAAAUUUAAAGGAAGAUUUAAAAACUAAAGAAAAUGAAGUUGAAGAAGCAUAUAAUUUUGCAAGAACUAGAUAGACUACAGGAGAUAAACAAAAAAAUGAAACAGAUAUGCUCAAAAUUGAAAAUUAAAAACUUCAAAAUUAAAUUAAAGGAUUUGAAGCUAAAAUUAUAGUAUAGAAUGAAGAAAUAGAUAAAUUAAGAAGAUAAAAUGAAGAUUUGCAAUAUUAACUUUAAUAAUAAAAAGCACUUGUUAUAAAACUUGAGUAAUAAUUGCAUUAAUGUAAUUCAGAAAAUUAGAAACUUACAUAAUUAUAUGAUUAAGUUAAAGCCAAAUAUGAUUAAGCUUAUGAAGGAAUGAAAAAUGAAUCAAUGUUUAGGGUAAAUAAUUUUAUUACUAUUUAGACUAGGGAAUCAGUUAUGAAUAAAGUUGAUGAUGGUAACUAUGUAAAACGAGUAGUCCAAACAACCACAUUAAAUUCAAGGAUGGUUGCAUCAAAAUAUUAAGACUAAGAAUUUAAUUGA